AGAUACAGAAAAGGAAGUUCAGAGAUGACAACAUGGACGAGGACAUGGACAUUGCGCCACAGCUUAAAUACAAAGCUGGGGGUUCAGGUAUCCACAGACCCCUGAGAGGAAGUGAAGACACUGGGGCAGAGUACAAGUCAAAGAAAGGAAAAGGAGACGUAAAGAAAACAGGGAAGCAUGAUCCUUACGCUUACAUCCCUCUGAAGAAGUCCCAGCUCAAUCGCAGGAAGCGUGCCAAACUACAGGGCCAGUUCAAGGGCAUGGUGAGAGGAGCCCAGAAGGGGGCGAUGUCUGGAAAGAAAAUGCAGAAGAACAAGAGGAAAGCCUGAAGAGUGUCCUUUUAUUACUCAUUGGACUCUUAAUGUGUUGGGUGUGAUGGUGUGUUCAUAAACAUACUAAAAUGCAGAUAUGCACCGUUAUGUGCGUGUCUGUCGGUGUGCCAUUCAGACAGACUCAUUGAAGGUGAAUUAGUUUGUUUUUAAACUGUUCCUUCUCUCAAAGCUCUGACGUCCUUUAGCUUUCAGGGCUUUUGGCUUCAAAUUACUCAACUGUAAUCUGGUUUAGGCAUCAGUUAUACUCCCUAUUUCCUUAAAAAUACAUGUAUUUAUGUGUACACAUUAAUAUGGAGAUAGACAAUAAGACUGGUUUGUGAAGUUUAAUAUCUGUCUUGUGUUAUUUUGUCACUUGAGGGCGCUAUAGACAGCGAAAGACUGUUAAUGAAUAAAUUUUAAGGUGAUUUAAAAUACAGAACAUUUUUUUUAUAAUGAGAAGAUAAGACAAUAUUUCCCUUUUUAAUUUCUCCAUAUUAUAAACCCAGUUAUCUCCAGCACAUUAGUUUUUCCACGUGACAGUGUGCCUUCAGUGCAGCCCCUUAAAGACAUGGAGAGAGAAGCUGUAGGUUGUUGUUGUGCAGGGUCAGUGAACAUACCAUUAGCCUUGUGUGACUCAUUUCCCCAGAUGGAUUGCAGCAAAAAUGAUUCAUAGCAACCUCCUAAUCGCACUCUUUUGUGUCUGAGCUCAGUGUGUCAGUCAGCGUCUCGGAGGAGAGAAGCAGAUUUCCACGACUCAGUCAGGACAUUCUCAGAGUGGUUAAGUGUGUAUUAAAGGGGCUUCAGAAAGUAUUUAGGUAGACUUUUGAUUGUCUUACUACACAGUAACCCAUAAUGACAAGAGAACCUGUUUUUAGAAAUGUGGUAUGAAUAAGAAUUAUGCCAGUGCAGUGAUGUUACACAAAUGACCUUCAAUAAACCUAAAAGCAAUGAAAAAUAUUAGUAUUUAGUUUGAAUUUUGAGGCCUAACAAUAUAAAUGUCAUUGAUUGUUUAUUAGUGCUUGAGUAAUAGGUUUAAUUUAAUGUGCUUACAUUACAUCACCAAAUAUUGCAUCUUGCAAUAUCCAAUUAACUAAUGAAUAUGUCAUGUUUGUUUCACUUGCUGCAAUCUGAACUGAUUUACAGCAUGACUGCAAACUCCUAUUGUAAUAUAGUACCACAUUUUUGAAAAACGUAAAGAAAUCACUUCCAGACAGCAUUUAAAAAACAUUGUUUAAUAGAGACAAACACAAAAGGUUGUUAUUUAAGAAAUAAUGCAAAGGAUCAUUUCAGUCACUUAAUGCAGUACAAUAAACAUUUCCUGUGUAAUCUUUGCUAGUAAGACCACAAAUACAUCUGAUGCCAAGCCAGAAUGCUUCCUAAUAUCCAUCUUAACAUUCCCCUAACUCAAAU